GGCUUUGUCUGACUGGGCUGGGCCAGGGCGGAAUGGGGGUUCUGGUGGUGCUCUUGGGGGUGCUGAACUUCCUGGGGGCAGCUCUGGGGGACUCCCCUGCCCUCCACUUGCACAGCACCUCCUGCCACUUGGCCAGACCCAUCUCUGGCAGCCUUUUGGGGUUCCUUAGCUUCUUGGGCAAGGAUGCCCAGGGACUAGCCCUGUUCCAUGCCCGCUGGGAUGGGCACGGGAGGCUGCAGGUGUGCAGCCGGCAGGAUGAGCCAGAGCUCACUACAGCCUUCAGUACCCUCUGUGCUGGUGAGAUCACCCGGGACUCCUUCAUCCACACCCCUGGACCUGAGCUGCAGAGAGCCCUGGCCACCCUUAAGCGUCAGUGGGAGGCCUGCAGAGGGCCUGCCGAGAGUCCAGCAGAGACCAGGGAGAAGCGAGCAGCAGGGCAGAGUGGAGCGCCUGGCAUGGGGAACCAGCGAGUGAAGAGAGGCUGGACCAUGCCUGGCACACUGUGGUGUGGAGUUGGGGAUUCUGCCGGGAACACCUCGGAGCUGGGGGUCUUCCAGGGCCCUGAUCUCUGCUGCCAGGAACACGACCGCUGCCCACAGACUGUCUCACCCUUCCAGUACAACUAUGGCAUCCGAAACUACCGACUCCACACCAUCUCCCACUGCAACUGUGAUGCCAGGUUCCAGCAGUGCCUGCAUAACCAGCGGGACUCCAUCUCUGACAUCGUGGGCGUGGCCUUCUUCAACGUGCUGGCGAUCCCCUGUUUCGUCCUGGAGGACCAGGAGGCCUGUGUGGAGUGGUACUGGUGGGGCGGGUGUAGAACAUAUGGCUCUGUAUCCCUCGCCCGUCUCCAGCCCAGGACCUUCUACAAUGCCUCCUGGAGCUCCCUUGCCAUUCCCCUGACUCCCAGUCCUCAGAACCCAGCACCCAGCAAGCCUCGGUGGAUUCAGCACCCUCAGAAGUGGCCAGCACAGCAGAAAGAGUCCAAGUACCCCAGCCAAGCCAAUGCCACAGCCCUCCAGGCCCCUGUGGCCUCCCCUGGGCCUGAUGUGGCCUCCAUAGUCCAUCUGGAGGUCACUGAUUCAGGCCUCCAGGGACUAUGGCGUGGCCUAAAACCUCAAGGUGCCCGCCAGGCCUGCCGCGGCUUCCGCCGCCUGGACCAGUGUGAGCAUCAGAUCGGGCCCCAGAAGACCAAGUUCCAGCUGUUCAACGAUGCCCGUGAACCCCUCUUCCACUGCAACUGCACGCGCCGUCUGGCACGCUUCCUGAGGCUCCACAGCCCACCUGUGGGCGCCAACAUACUUUGGGAGCUGCUGGGCAUGACCUGCUUCAAACUGGCCCCUCCACUGGACUGUGCUGAGGGCAAAGGCUGUUCCAAAGACCCCAGGGCCAUCAAGGUGUCAGCUCGGCACCUGCGGCAACUUCAGCAGAGGCAACUCCAGCUCCAGGGGACAGGCACAGACAACAGGCAGGCAUGGACUUCAGAGCACCCAAAGGCCCCCAUGUCAUUCUAUGACCGGUGUCUGCAGCUGACCCAGGGAGCCGGAGGACCUGAAGGACAGCAGAAAUCCUGGAACCAGUGACCUCAGUUCCAGCUCUCCUGGGCACAAGACUGGACCUCGUUCCUGGCUUUGCUAGGCCCUGGGGGUCUCAGCUUCCCCUCCACGUGUUAGACUGAAGCAUGGACGGGCUCUUGUGGAUAGCCAGAGGGCUGCAUGGGUAUGGUGGGGGGGCCAAGACCCAAAUGCUGGACCACGUCUCCUGCUGCGCUGGGUGAUCUUGGGCUGGUGACACAACCCCUCUGUGCUUGGAUGUGGUAUUCAGGAGGCUCAUUCUGCUGCCCCAGGCUUGGGGCAGAGAAAUUAACAUACAGAUGGGAAUGGGGAGAAGGUAACAUUGCAGCAGCCCCAGGAGGUACCAGGAGGAGGUACAUAUAUGUCUAUGUUGCAAAAUUAAUGCAUGUCUCAAGAACUUGCCCAGGGAAGCCCCAGCGUCUGCCUGCUGAGGUCUAGGGCAGCAGGUGGGGAAUGAGGGAUGUCACAGAAGUGCCUGUGUCUGAAUCCAGGGUGGCGGAAGCUAGAAAGGGGCUUCCCAACUCACCUCCCCAGGGGACCCCUUCGCUUAACAGCUCCUAUGCUCUUCCUGGCCCAGCCCUGGCCCAUUCUUUCUGCCCUAGACCUAAAUUCAGAUCUCCCCCGUGCCCUUAAGCAAGACACCUCCUUCAUUCUGAGCCUUAGCUUCCUCGUCUGAAAAAGGGGAGUGUAAACAGGACCUACCUCACAGGGUUGUUGAGGAUUAAGCGAACCAACUCACGGACAGCACUCAGCACCUAGUAAAUGUUCCCUCCCUCCAGCACACA